AUGGCAUGCCACACUCAACCAGAUGAGGGAAGGAAAAGGAUCUUUGAAGGGACCCGCUGUGAAGACAGCCUUCCAGUCGCUGUGAAAUUCACAGCUAAGACGGAGAACGAGCCGUACAUCAGCCUUCCUGACCAUCCCAGACCAGUUCCUCUUGAGGUGGCUCUGACAGUCAUGGACAACCAAGGCCCCCGCUGUCGCCACAUCAUAAAGGUGCUGGACUGGCACCUUUACAUCAUGGUCCUAGAGAGGCCCUCGCCCUGCGUGGACAUGCAUGAUAUUUGGGAGCAUCACGGCGGCCUCUUCAGAGAGGAUUUGGCGCGUUAUUUCAUGUGGCAGGUGAUCGCUGCUGAUGCCGUGUGCUGUUCCCGGGAGGUCUUCCAUCGGGACAUCAAGAUGCCCAACCUCCUGGUCAACACGGAGACCCUGGAGGUCAAAUUGAUUGAUUUCGGCUGUGGAGACCUCUUGAAAAGCUCGUCCUACAUCACUUACAGUUGGACAGCAACGUACCGUCCUCCUGAAUACUUUGAGAAGGGCGAGUACUAUGCGAAACAGGCGACGACGUGGUCGCUGGGUGUGCCGCUGUUUAGGAUGAUCACCAGCCUUUUCCCAGACAGCAGCGACAUCGGAUGGAUGGAUCGGACACUUGCAUUCUCUCCAUCUUUUUACACAGAAUGCUGCCUUUUCAUUCGAGGUUGCCUGAAGAGUGACCCAGAGCGGAGGAUUCAUCUGGAGGAGACGCUCUUCCAUGACUGGUUCAAGGUAAGCUAA